AGAAUUCUCCUCCAGCCCUUUUUGGCCGUUUCCUGUCUAUAUGCACUCGCUCCCGUUUGGCCGUGCAUCUUUGCAUUGAACGUGUUUUCUGAUGGGUGGAUCAUGCCUGCCCGAUGUGUGUCAAAACAACUGCUUGUAGUCUUGUCACAAGGUGACAAUUCAUAAUCAUGAAUAUUUUCCCAUCCCAACCUGGCUAAAGUCAGAUAAAAACAUUUUAUAAGGACAGAAGCCACGUGGUGAACAUUCAGAGGGUGGCUAUGUUCAUUCUUCAU